CUCCAACCAACUUAGAUAGGUUGGUGAGGGGUGUAGGUAGGAGUUUGACUAAUCACCAAAAUGCUCUGUAUAAAACUCAAAUCUUCAUAUUACAAUAACAAGAAGAACAAACAAACCAAAAACAAAAAAUGGCUUCUUCACCUACUGUUCAACACAUAUCAGAUUGUUUCAUUAAGCCACUUUACAAUUCAGAAGAAUCUAAAAAACCUGUUUAUCUAUCAUCAUGGGAUUUAGCCAUGCUUUCAGUUCAAUAUAUCCAAAAAGGUCUCCUUUUCACUAAGCCAUCAUCUUUUCAGCUUGAUCCUCUGUUGCAAAAGCUUAAAGAAUCCCUCUCAAUCACCCUUGUCCAUUUUUAUCCAUUAGCUGGUCGUUUUAAAACACUUAAACAAGAAAAUCCCCCUCUUUACACCGUCUUUAUCGACUGUGUUAAUAGCCCUGGUGCAAGAUUUAUCCAUGCUAAUCUUGAUUUAACUGUUUCUGAUAUACUUUCACCAAAGGAUGUGCCUUUAGUUGUCCAAUCAUUUUUUGAUCAUGAUAGAGCAAUUAACCAUGAUGGGCAUGAAUUAUCUUUGUUAACAAUUCAAUUAACAGAAUUAAUUGAUGGGGUUUUCAUUGGUUGCUCAAUUAACCAUGUGUUAGCCGAUGGUUCUUCUUACUGGCAUUUCUUGAACUCUUUUUCUCAAGUUUUCAAAGCAAAUAAUGGGCAAAAACAGAUCAUUCCCAUUUCCAAAUCUCCGAUUUUUAACCAUUGGUUCCCAGAAGGACAUGGUCCAAUUAUUAAUCUUCCUUAUACUCACCAUGAUCAAUUCAUUAGUAGACACGAAUCCCCUAAUAUGAGGGAAAGAUUUUUCCAUUUCUCAGCUGAGUCUUUAAAGAAACUCAAAGCUAAAGCCAAUCAAGAAAGUAACACCACCAAGAUUUCGUCUUUACAAGCUUUGUCAGCUCAUAUGUGGAGGUGUAUAACAAGGAUUCGAAAAUUCCCAUCUGAUCAUAUGACAAGUUGCAGAAUGGCGAUUAAUAACAGAGCAAGAUUGGACCCUCCAUUGCCAGAACACUAUUUUGGAAAUUGCAUACAAACUGUUCGAGGAAUUGCCUCAGCGGGAAAACUUCUUGAAAAUAACCUUGGCUGGGCAGCUUGGGAAUUGCAUGAAGCUGUGGUGAAUCAUAAGAAUAAAGAAAUUCGUGAAUGGGUUGAAAAAUUAGAAUGUGGUAUGAUUUAUCAGUUGGGAUUUUUUGAUCCUAGUAGCAUUAUGAUGGGGAGUUCUCCAAGAUUUGAUAUGUAUGGGAAUGAAUUUGGAUUGGGAAAAGGAGUGGCACUUAGAAGUGGAUAUGCACAUAAGUUUGAUGGGAAAGUGAGUUUAUAUGAAGGGAUUGAAGGUGAUGGUAGCAUGGAUUUGGAAGUGUGUCUUUUACCUAACUUCAUGGCUUCUCUUGAAACUGAUGAGGAGUUCAUGGAUAGUUUUACAAGUUAAUUUAGAUGUUGUGGUAUUUGGAGAAUUAUUUUUUUUUUAAUUGAGUCGAGGCUUUAUUAGAAAAAACUUCUCUGCCUCAUUUUUGAGAUAGAGAUAAAAUAUGCGUUCUCCAGAUUUAACUAUGUGGGACUAAGAGCCCGUUUGGAUGGGCUUAUAAGUUGGUUUGACCAGCCCUUUUUAGCUUAUUGUGGUGUUUGUCUAAUGCUAACUUUA